GAUACAAUAACAAAUAUGGGGGAAGUGGACCUUAAAGUUCGUGAUCCAAACGAGCUUAAUAGUCACAUACAAGUGAAUUUUGCAGAUGUCUUCGGGGAGCCUGAUGGUGUACGUUCUAUGGACUGUGUCUGGGAAAACAGCUAUGCAUGUUUCGAAUGUGGCAAGAACUUAUGUUAUAAGAUAAUGACCUUCUUCUGUGGUCUUUGUAUCGCUUUGGAAUGGGGCUGUGAGUUCGCCAUGAUCACAUUUAACCACGUAUGGUGCUGGACCCCAUGUCUAAGAGACUUCUCCAUUACGAUGGGAUGUGCGCAGAAAUUCUUCGGAACCUGCGUGAGCUGCUGUUUGGUACCUUUUUGUGAGGGAUGUGGAGCGUUCUUUAGCAAGAUCAAAAUAAGUAAAAGUUAACACUUUACAAAGCUGACGAACUUGCUCUACGCUUGAUGAGUUUGAAGUCUUUACAUAAUUAAUCAUAUAUUUAAUAUUGUUUUGCUUUAACGUUAUGGACAUAGCCUGUGUUAAUGCAAAAACGAUUUCAUUUCAUUUAGUAUACCUAAUGUAAUUAAGUCUGAUACGGUGAUUGAACAAGCCUGUAACUAAAUGACGACUUUUUCAAUACGCAUAUGGAUUUUGUGAUACUCUUCUGUGAUACUAUUACUCAGGGUUUCUGUUUAAAUUUUUUGUUUUAUGCAAAAGAAAAGUUUGGUGUUGCAAGUAACAUGUUACAUUUAUGUAUGCUUACAAGCUUCUGUGUUGUUUUAGAGCAAAUGAGGAGUAUAUAUGAGGAUGAUAAGAAUUAUCUUCAAACGUUUAAACGAUAAAGUUAAUAUUAAUAAAAUUUCAAUUAUCUCGUUCUUUA